AUGAGCUCCGGGGCGGCCUCGGGCCGCAUCUUCGCGGAGGGGGAGGACUGCCGGGCGGCCUGGCGGGACGCGACGGCUGGGUACGAUGAGCCUGAUGCCCACCUGGAGAUCCUGGGCAAGCCGGUGAUGGAGCGCUGGGAGACCCCCUACAUGCACUCGCUGGCCGGCGUGGCUGCAUCCAAGGGUGGCCGUGUGCUGGAGGUGGGCUUUGGCAUGGCCAUUGCAGCCAGCAAGGUGCAGGAGUUUGCCAUUGAGGAGCACUGGAUCGUUGAGUGCAACCAGGGAGUCUUCCAGCGCCUGGAGGAGUGGGCGAGGAGACAGCCACACAAGGUGGUGCCGCUGAAGGGGCUGUGGGAGGACGUGGUGCCAACGCUGCCAGAUGGGCACUUCAGGGGAAUCCUGUACGACACCUACCCGCUGUCAGAGGACACCUGGCACACACACCAGUUCACCUUCAUCAAGGACCAUGCCUUCCGCUUGCUGCAGCCCGGUGGGGUCCUCACCUACUGCAACCUGACCUCCUGGGGGGAGCUGCUGAAGACCAAGUACAGCGACAUCGAGAGGAUGUUUGAGGAGACCCAGCUGGGGCAGCUGGUGGAGGCUGGGUUCAAGAAGGAGAACAUCAGCACAAAGGUGAUGGACCUGGUCCCCCCCAAGGACUGCAGGUACUACUCCUUCCCCAAGAUGAUCACCCCAACCAUCCUGAAGCACUGAGGGGGGCCACAGCUGGGCACCAGCCCUCAGGGCUGCCCCCAGGCCACAGAAGCAAAGGCUGAGGAAGGAGGAAGGAGGAGGAGGAGGAGCUGCCAGGAGGAGAAAAGCUCUUGUCUGCUCUGGUGCUGAUGAGAGAUGAUUGAAGCUGAUUGGUCUGGAGGCAGAAGAUAGCUG